UCAUUAGAAAAAUGGAACUCAACCGAGAACAUUUUCGCGCCUUAAUUUAUUACAACUUUCAGAGACAAUUAUCCCAACAAGAAUGCCUUGCUGAGUUACUUCUUAGCGACGAUCCCAGGGUGGGUGCACCAAAAACGGCAGUUACCCAGGAAAACAUCGACGCUGUGCGCGAACUCAUUAUUGAAGAUAGACAUGUGACAUAUCGCGAGAUUGAGGCGUCUUUGAAGGUCUCAAAGACCUCAAUUCAAAAAAUUUUAGAUGAAGAAUUAGGAGUAAGAAAAUUAGUUUCUCGUUGGAUACCCCACCUGUUGACUGAAGAGCAGAAAGCCGCCAGGGUCAAUUGUGCUGAUGAAUCGUGGAUUUACUGUUAUGAACCAAAAAAUAAACGACAGUCGGCUGUUUGGGUGUUCAAAGGUGAAGAAAAGCCAACAAAAGUCAUCCGUUCUCGAAGUGUUUCGAAAAAGAUGGUCGCGACAUUUCCUCUUAAUGAGCAAAGAACUGUUACUGCGGAUUGGUAUAUGACCAUUUUUUUGCCAAAAGUCAUCAACGAGCUUCGAAAAAUCAACCCUGAAGGAAGAACCAUCCUCCACCAAGACAAUGCAAGCUCGCACUCUGCCCAAAAAACAAGGCAGUAUUUAACGGAAGAAAACGUGGAAUUAUUGGACCAUCCUCCAUAUAGUCCCUAUCUAAGUCCUAACGAUUUCUUUACUUUACCGAAAAUUAAAAACAGACUGCGUGGUCAACGGUUCCAGUCACCAGAAGAAGCAGUUAACGCAUUGAAAAAUGCCAUUUUGGAUCUGCCAGCAAACGAGUGGAAUAAGUGCUUCGAAAAUUGGUUCGAGCGCAUGCAGAUGUGUAUUAAUCUUCGUGGACAAUACUUCGAAAAACAAUAA